UUCAUUUGACAAAAGAUUGCCUUGGAGGAGUGAUCAACAAUAUACCUCCUUUAUGACAGUCUACAUACACAGCUGUUAAGUAAACAUGGCAAAUACAACAGAAGUCGUGACUAUUACAAUGGAAGUGUUUACAUGUGUUAACGACAGUAGUGGUAUGUGCGAUAACAGUACCGAGACACCAGACGGUGACGUCACGACUUUAACUGGAUGGGAUAUAGCGUUACGUGUUCUGUACGCGCUCAUCGGCUCUUCGGGAAUCCUCGGAAAUGGACUCGUGUGUUUUGUGUUUAUCAGCAAACGCAAAUCAUUCAGCUCCAUUACGAAUCUAUUGAUUUUGAAUCAAUCCAUGAUUGAUUUCUUCGAUUCGAUCGUUUUUCUGCUGAUUCGCUUCGGGCCGGUCGUCUUGUCCGACGAAGUAAGUGCUUGGGAUGAAUUCGUUUGCCGCUUUUGGCUGUCCGAAUAUUUAAUGUGGGUUUUAUUCAUCGCGUCGACUGUGAACUUGGUGUUCGUCUCGCUGGAGCGAUACCUGGCGAUAUGCCACCCAGUAAAACACAGGAAUUUCUUGACAAAACGAUUGGCUAAGCUCGGCAUGGCGCUAGUGUGGUUGAUCGGCCUGACUUAUCAGUCAUACUGGCCGGCCAUACAGUUCUACACUCUGGGGACGUGCUACCCAAGCUGGCCGAGUGUUAUCCUACAGCGAACUAUGGGUGUUGUGCUCUUCCUGUGUGAGUUCUUACUCCCUCUGUCUGUGAUGACGUUCUCCUACGUCAAAAUCAUCAUCGCGCUAAGCGGGCGUGGUAAGAUGAACUGUAAAACUACGAACACCUUUCAGAAGGCGAAGAAGAAUGUCACUACUACCCUUUGCCUCGUCUUCAUGUCUUACGUAAUCUGCUGGACACCGACCGAAUUCACUUUCUUGCUCUUCAACCUUGGACGGGACUAUGACUUCUCUAGCACCACACACCAGAUCGUCACGCUACUUGUCCUAUGCAAUAUGUGCGUAAACCCCUUCAUCUACGCCUUCAAAUAUGACCAUUUCAAGAAACACGCCAAAGCGAUGUUUUGUAGAUGUUGCCGUGGCAACAGAGUGGAUGUUGAGAACUCAUUAGCAACACUGGAACCACCGGCUGUGUCAUCCCACGUACCCUGAACUUUGACCUUUGAUAGGUUAGCUGAUCUAGGGGUCAACGAAACCUGACCUCCUUCCAAACUUAUUAAAACUCAUUAUUUUGAUGCCUAACUUUCACAGACAACGAAAUUAAUUGAACCUUUUGGUAAUAAUAGUGUUUCCCUUCUUGUGUGUUUUGUGAUUUUCCAGAGCAAUUUAUCUGACAAUCUUUACAGAAUUGUUUUUUGCUAACAAAGCAGUUGCUCCCAGUGUAAGCACUUUAUGCAAUCCACCAUCCAUUACAUACAUACACUGACAAGUUUGAGAUCGAUCAGCCGAAAAAAAAGUGAAAAACAGAGA